GGCCUCAAUAUAAUCCCUCCGCCAACUUUUUCUCUGCUUUCAACCAUGGCCGGAGCGACCGAUGGGAUCACCCCUAUGGAUUUCAACAACGCCGACCAACUUCCCGGCUCCCACAUCUGGGUCGACACCGCCAUCAACACUUCUCUGACCCCCAAAUCCAUUCCCGUCAUCGAUCUUAACGACCCGCAAGCCGUGGAGCAAAUGAAAGCGGCUUUUGAGAGUUGGGGCUUUUUUCAGCUUCUGAACCACGGCGUUCCAUUGGCGCUUCUUGCCCAAAUGGAGCAGCAGAUGCGGCGCUUCUUUGAGUUGGAGGCGGAGCAGAAGCGCCGCGCUCUGCGCUCGCCCGACAGUAACACCGGAUACGGCAUCGUCCCCAGUUCGCGCAACUUUAACAGUCGAAUGUGGGGUGAAGGAUUCACCGUCGUGGGAUCGCCGCCAUUGGAGCAUGCACGCCGGGUUUGGCCUCAAGAUUAUGUCCAUUUCUGCGAUGUGAUUGGGAAUUAUCAAGAACAAAUGAAGGCCUUGUCUGAAAAGAUUGUUGGUUUACUCUUUAAAUCAUUGGGCCUAUCUGGUGAAGAUAUGGAAUGGUUUAAGCCCGAUGGGCUCCCCGAAUCAACUGCAUCAGUCCUACAGAUUAACUCGUACCCAAAAUGCCCAGACCCAAACCGCGCAAUGGGCUUGGCCCCACACACGGACUCAUCCCUUAUAACUUUACUAUACCAAAGCGGCACUACUCAAGGCCUCCAAGUGUACAGGCCCGAUCUCGAUUGGGUCAACAUCGAGCCCAUUCCCGACGCAAUCGUCAUCAACGCCGGCGACCUGACGGAGAUAGCCUCUAAUGGACAGUUCAAAAGCUUGUUACAUCGGGCCAUUGUGAGCAGGGACUAUCACCGCAUCUCCAUUGCUUAUUUCUAUGGCCCAAAUAUGGAUGUCAAGAUUUUACCGCCACUUAAAUUGAUCAAAGACGGUGAUUUUCCCGUGUUUCGGACCAUAUCAUGGAAGGAGUACCUUGCUGUUAAGGAUGUGCACUUUUUCAAGUCCUUGGAGUUGAUUCGUUUCAAUUCAGCUGCUGAAGAAACCAAUGGUAAUGAGGCACCACUCGGGAGCGAAGUGGAGGAAGCUGUGGAAGCCUAG